GUGAAAUUGCAAUUCUCAGCUGUACGAUUGUUCUGGUUUACGCCAAUUUAACUCGUAUCUGAAUUCAUUUGUUUGAAUAGUGGUGACCGCUUGUGAAUAUCUGUUGACGUAAAUUCUCCGGGGAUGUCACCUCCGGGUAAUAAUAAUCCGGGUCAUGUAUAUCAUCAUGGACCUCAUCAUCAUGGACCACCGGGUCAUGGAUCGCAUCAUCACGGACCACAUCAUCAUGGACCACAUCAUCAUGGCUCUCAUCAUCAUGGACCACAUCAUCAUGGGCCUCCUCACCAUGGACCACCACAUCAUGGGCCUCCUCACCAUGGGCCACCCCCUCAUGGACCUCACUUUGGUCCACCGCCGUACGGCCCACCACACUAUCCACCCCCUCCAACAGGACCCAGACAUCAUUACGGACCUCCUCCACAUCACAGAACUUGACACUAUAAUGGCACCUCUCAAAAUCGCAGAUAACUAUGAUGAAAAGCACUUGACUUGAUGAUUUCACUGAUUUCUCGUCAAUCCAAAUAAAGUCAUAACCACGCUAA